CCUUCUCUUGGGCUUUCUCUACAUUUUGUGGCAAAAGGAACAAGGUAGAUUUCAAAUCCGUUUGAAUCGAGCCACAAAAGCAAGCCAAAAUGGGCGAACAAAUGACUCUUCGUGGUACGUUAAAAGGGCACAAUGGAUGGGUAACUCAAAUAGCCACGACACCUCAACGUCCCGACAUGAUUUUGUCCAGUUCCAGAGACAAAAGUAUCAUAAUUUGGCGUUUAACGAAAGAGGACACAAAUUAUGGUCAUGCUGAGCAUUCGCUUAGGGGACAUAAUCACUUUGUGUCAGAUGUGGUUAUAUCAUCUGAUGGUCAGUUUGCUUUAUCUGGAUCAUGGGACAAGACCCUUCGACUUUGGGACUUGAAUGCGUGUAAAACAACCAGAAGAUUUAUUGGUCACAACAAUGAUGUCUUGAGUGUGGCUUUCUCUGCAGACAACAGGCAGAUUGUCUCUGGAUCCCGAGACAAAAGCAUUAAGCUGUGGAACACACUAGGUGUCUGCAAAUACACUAUUCAGGAUGAAGGACAUUCAGAAUGGGUUAGCUGUGUCCGAUUCUCACCAAACACCCAAAAUCCAAUUAUUGUUUCAUGUGGUUGGGACAAAUUGGUCAAAGUGUGGAAUCUGACCAACUGUCGUCUUAAAACUAACCAUAUUGGCCAUAACGGUUACCUGAACUGUGUAACAGUCUCCCCUGACGGUUCUUUGUGUGCUUCAGGUGGAAAGGAUGGCAGUGCAAUGUUAUGGGAUUUGAAUGAAGGCAAGCAUCUGUACACAUUGGAAGGUGGCAAUAUCAUAAAUGCAAUGUGCUUCAGUCCUAAUCGUUACUGGCUCUGUGCUGCUACUGGUCCAACUAUUAAGAUAUGGGAUCUUGAAGGAAAAUCAGUUGUUGACGAGCUAACCCAAGAUGUUGUUGGAGCCAGUGGUAAAAUACUCGCCCCAGAUUGCGUAUCCCUCGCCUGGUCUGCCGAUGGUCAAACGCUAUUCGCAGGAUACACAGACAAUGUAAUACGAGUGUGGCAGGUCACCCGCGCAUAGGACAUUUCAGGAGUGUGUAAAUGUGCAUGAAUUUUGACGUUAUUGGAGUUAAUAAAGAAAAUGGGAACGAGAA